AUGGCUUUAUCCCCUGAUAGUCGUGGUUUGGAUGGUGUUCCCGGUCGAGGUGGAGGUUUGGGCUCUUCUCCUUUAGCAGCAGCAGCAGCGCAGCAGCAGCAGCAGCAGCAGAAGGUGCUGCACUUUAAAUUAGUGCUGCUAGGCAAUACAAGUCCGGCUACCAGCCGCUGCAGCAGCGACUGUCUCUUUGCUGCUCCCACCCACGCUACCAGCAGCAGCAGCAGGAACCACAACAGCAGCAGCAGCAACCGCAGCAGCAACCGUAGCAGCAGCAGAAACCGUAGCAGCAGUAGCCACCACAACAGCAGCAGCAACCACAGCAGCAGCAGCAGCAAGCACAGCAGCAACCACAGCAGCAGCAGCAGCAGCAGCAACAGCAACCAUAGCAGCAGCAGCAGCAGCAGCAGCAGCAGCAUUAUGAUUAUGAAGGGUGCAGCAGCAGCAGUUAUUGUAUUUGAUACGACUAGCCGGGAGUCCUUUGAGGGAGCGAAGUCGUGGGUGGCGGAGCUGCAAGCAAUCAGCGACAAGUCUUCUAUUGUUAUGGCAUUAGCGGGCAACAAAAUCGAUCUCGCCGCUGAACGAGCCGUGAAAACGCAGGAGGCGCAGCAGUUUGCUGACGAGCAGGGCAUCUUCUUCAUCGAAACUUCAGCAAAGACGGGACAGAAUGUAAAUGAGUUGUUUUAUGAAAUAGGUGAGGCUGCGGUUUUGUGCGGUGCUCGCUUUGUUUCUGUGUUUGUCUACGCCUUUAACUUCUUCUUUGUUUCUUUAUCUGUCUCCUUUUGUCCUUCGAGCUGUCUCUUCUUGUCUUUGUCUGUCUCUUCACUUUAG